AUGCUCACGCCCAUUGUUCAACAUGAGCUGAGGAACCGAAAGGAGGAACACAAGAGGAUUCAAUUGAUUGCACCCGUUGCUGAAGUUUUGGAAAAUAGUGGAGAGAAUACGGACUUAAGACCCAUAAAUUGUGGCUGGUGCUAUAUGGCAGUAUUUUAUUUGACAAUGUCGCUCACUAAUACCCAGAAAUUUGGUAAGUUGUCGGCUGUGAAACUGGAAAGGAACCAGGAAACAAGCUGCCAACCAAAACGAAUUUACGUUACGGGGGAGUGGAGCAUGAACGAACACAUUCCUUGGCUAAUGCCUACUUUCGGAAGAGCUCCCAACAUUAGUUUCGCCCGCUCACGAGAGCACUUCGCAUUACGGCAAAACGGGGCAAGGGGUAGGUGCAUGACGAGCCGCCGAAACGUCACCACCGCGAAGACCCUGCGUGCCUGUUACUCAGCCUCGAUGCGCCAAUCCUCAUCUCCAACCACGCCCCUCGAACCCACCGCCACUGCGCUCCGCCGCAGUAUUCAUUUUGUGCCUCCUCAGCUGCUCAUCAACUCGUCACACGUUGGACCGAGGCGCAUUGCUUUGCAUCGGUCAGCUUACCUCAAAUACGCCGCCUUGCGCAUCCCAGGACCCACCGUCUUGACCGCAACCACGAGACCUAUUUCGCAACUCAUGCACCCGUCAUAG